CUCCCCUCCCAAAGCAAGAUGCGACGCCCUUCAUCCCCCUCCCCUUCCCCCACCACCUCCAGUUCCCGCUCCCCCUCCCCCUUCGUCCUUUUCCUCCUCGCAGGACUCGCUCUCGAGGCAGAAACGAAGGAUUAUCGACUCGCGGGAAACGACCUUUGUCCUGGAGCCUCUGACAUCAGUCUGGAAGCAGAAGCCCGUACGAUGCUCCACUGCAGUCUACUCUGUGAAUCGGACAUUUACUGCAAAGGAUUCUGCUACAGCUCCUCGCAACUCCUCUGCAGGAUCUCCAGCAGUGACGUGGGCAAGGCAGGCAGGGAUGCCGUUGCAACACCUGGAUUCAACAUGUUCUGGACAGGUUACGUCAAAGGUUUCAGGCGCUACGGAGAGAAGGCCUAUCGACACUUUGCUUCCUCGAGGACCCACUGGGAUGCCAGGAACUUGUGCUGGAACAUGAAUGCCUCUCUGGCAGUGCCUCUGAACGCAGGAGAGAAUUCAUUCCUAGCUUCACUCGUAAACACUGGCUCGUUCUGGAUUCUGGCUGAUGACGCAACAACGGAAGGCGUUUGGGAGAAUACAGAUACAAACGAACGACUGUCCUACGGCAGGUGGAGAGCUGGGCAACCCGACAACGGCGGUGGAGUGGAAGACUGUGCAGAACUUUCGUACCUGGCCGAGUGGAAUGACAUUGCUUGUUCUCAGACUCGUUACUAUGCUUGUGAAAUCCCUGUGGCUCAGUGUGAUCGCCGAAGGGACGAUAUCCGCUGUAGUUACUUGCUCUAGGGCUGUGGUUCUUAGCAUUCUUAGGGUCAUGGAUCCCUUUAAGAAUCUGAUGGAAGCUUUGGAACCCCUUACCCAGAAAUUAUGACAGAGAUUUAACUUUGCAUGCAAUGUGUAUUAUGUAUUUCAUUCAUUGGCAUUUGAUAUAUAUAUGAAGUACACAAAUUAUUAUUACACUUUAAAUUAAACAAUAAGAAACACUCAUUUUUAUGCAAAAGAUAAUGGCCACGCAUUAUGAAUAUCAAAUACAAUCCUUUUGUGGAUAACAAAACCACUACUAUUAUUACUUCUACUACUACUACUACUACUAUUACAUGGGUCAACGACCUAAUAGUAAGUCAAGAGACGCCAAGUGGUCGUCCUUGUUAGUAGAGGAAGAGUGCGUUUUCCUUCAAGCACUGGCAUGAUGCAUUUGUUUUCUUUUAUAUACAAUGUCAAUGGGAAUCCGCUGAUUAGGACAAGAGCGAGGGUUGUUUAGCGAUUAUGUGUUAAUCUCUAUCUGAUCCUCACGGACCCUCUGCAAUCCCUCCAUGGACCCCAAGUUAAGAAUCCCUGCUCUAAAAAGAGAGAGACAGAGCGAGAGAGUAGUGAAAGAGGAAGAAAAGGGGAAAGGAGGGAGAGAGAGGGAAGGGAGAAAGAAAAAGAGUGGGAUAAGGAGAUAGAUAGAGAGAGACAUCUCUUAUGCAUUGAUCUGAAAUUUUAAUCCACCCGCUUUGAUUUACCACGAUGUGUCUGUAUAUGCAUGUUCGGACUCAUUAAUUGAGAGGAAAUAAACA